GUGAUGAAAAGAUGUCAACAUCACUGUGAACUGUACUAUGAAACCAACAAAUUACCACUGAGACACUGUUUUUCUUCUUGCUUAACAAUGAAUACGUUUUAGUGCUGCCUUCUCGAAGAAAAAUUGUAUGUUAGCUUUCCUAUUUUCUGGCUGUCACUGCACAGGAUGGCUGCACCUCACAGUGGACAGUCCUCUCUGGUACACAGCUUGGCCACACUGCUCCGAAAUGACGGCGACUUGGUGCUGGACGGCAGCAGCACACUCACCUUGCCGGCGGCCUGCUUGCAGCAGCUCACCCGGCUGUUUGAACAGUACUUGCUGUCGAGGAGCCAGCAGCAUGGGUUCCUCGCGCUGCCCUCCCACCCUGCCGACACUGCUUCCCUGCUACAACUGCAGUUCCUGUUUGACGUCCUGCAGAAGACCAUCUCCCUUAAGCUCAUCAAUCCGCCAGGGGUGAGACUUCAGUCUGUGGUGAAAAUCUUCCCAUUCAAGUCUUUGAAGUAUUUGGAGCUGAAGCGAAUUCCUCCACACUGUCUGGAGGGUCUGAGAGGAGUUUACUCCCAGUUGGAAGUCUUUACGUGUUCAAAGAGCCUCAGCUCCCUGGAGGAGCUGCUUUCCCUGUGUGGAGGUGACCUGAGCUCUGCACUGCCUUGGCUGGAACUGCACACGCUCAACUUCAGCUACAACUCCAUUGUUUGCCUUGACCAGUCACUAAGUUUACUGAACGUCCUGAAGUCCUUGGAUUUAAGCCAUAACAAGAUUCAGGAGCUUGCUGAAUUUCUGAAGCCCUUGAGUGAACUGGAACACUUGAACCUGGGCUACAACUGCCUGCAGAGGGCGCCAACGCUGGGCCUGAGUGCCAGGGCCAAACUCCUCACACUCGUCCUCAGGAACAAUGAACUGGAGACUAUUAACGGUGUGGAGCAGUUGUCCUCACUCCAGCAUUUAGACCUGGCCUACAACCUCCUGCUAGAGCACUCCCAGCUGGCUCCUCUCUCCCUGCUGCAUUGCCUCAACACACUUUACCUGGAGGGCAACCCGCUAUACUUCCAGAAGACCCACCGCACCUCCACCGUCCGACAUCUCUCCCCAAAGGCUGCAAACCAGAAACUCAAACUUGACGGGACCACGCUGUCCUACUCUGAGUUAUCGGUUUUGCCAAAACCAGGCCAGCUGAUCGUCCAGGUACAGACUUUACCUCCAGUUGCCAUGCCACCAGAACGGAGCAACCAGGAAGUGUCCAGCGGUGCCGGGGAGCUUAGUGACAGCAUGUCAGUCGGAGAAGUGGGAGUCUCACGCAUUCGGAGGAAGAAAUCCAGAAGUAAGGUGAAAGUGCGGAGGGCCAGUAUAUCCGAGCCCAGUGAUGCAGACUACCAGCCCCGGCUGCGUUCCUCCUCACAUAGCAUUGUCCUUCCUCACCAGCAGGAGAUUGAGCGGAUGUCCAGUUUCAGAGAGCAGCUGGGUGAGGAUUGGCUGAGGUACCAACAUCAUCUAGAUGAAGCUCCCCCCUCUAUCAUCACUGCCGUUGUCAGCACCAACGAGUCACCUCCUCACCAUCAACCCUUCCCCAACGGCCUCGACGCCACCACACGUCCAUCCACCAGCCCUGGGGAUCAGCCGUCUCCUCUGUCCCUGGAGGUCCCGGAGGUCCUCCCCCCGCCGCUGCUCUCAUCUGAGCCCAAUUUGGAGACGUCAAUGGAUGCAGACCUGGAAACGGAGUCCACCCUCCAAUGGCCCGGACAGAGCUCACGGUCCACCCUGGAGGACACCACGUUGGAUGGUUCGGCGGUGAGCCAGGGAGUGGGGAGCUCACCUGGGCCGAGUCCAGACUCCCAAAGGUCGGCUAGAAGGGAGAGCGCAGACACAAAGGAGGAAGAAGAGGAGGAGGAGGAUCUGGGAGUGGACCUGUGUCACCCCCUACUUGUGGGCGUCUUAUCUGACAAAGAAGACGAAGAUGGCGACGGCCAGGGGGAGAGGAGGCGGGAGGUGUUCCUGCGCAUCAAACCGGGCCUGGUGCUGGAGGUGGACGUGAAGCGCGGCCAGGAGAGAUGCCGUCUGGAGCUCGGCAGCCUGGCUCGGGUGGAGACCACGGAGGCUGCCUGGACCCGAGGGGAGACAGAAGAGAUGCUUCCAGCUGUGGAGCUUUAUUUCGACUACAUCAGCAGGGACAAAAGGAGGAGAGUCUACGUCCUGCUGGAUGAUGACCCACAGCAGGCUCUGCAGGCUCUGACCGACGUGCUGACUCGUGUGGCGGAGGAUAACCGGCAGCGUGACUCUGAGCUCCGGCCGAGCUGCGUUCGCCUGCAGUGCCUUCGCUGCAGGGCAGAGUUCACGCUCAAGAGUGAAGGCAGUGAGGAGGAGGCGGGCGGGAGAGGGAGGAGGAGAGGGGCUGCCAUGCUACCAGACGGGCUGGAAGAACAGGAUGGCGAGGAGUUGACGGAGUUCGACGAUUACGGCAAAGGAAACCUUAAUAUUUGUCCAGAAUGUGGGAGCGAUCAUGUGAUCCAGCUGGCCCGCCAAUCGACUCCCUACUGCAGUACGCCCAUCCAGCGCUCAUCAAGGCCGGAGAGUGAGGACGAUCAUCUGGAUACAAACCAGAGCACUCGGAGUGCCAAUAAGGACGAUUACACAGACGGCAGUAUCAGCAGUAGUCCUGUCCUAGAGGCUGCCUCCACUACAGAAGACCCCACCUUCGUCACGGCCCAGGGAAGCUCCUUCUUCAUCAGGGACGGUCAGGGGGAAACCUCCAGCCUCUCCUACAGCACACAGUGCCAGAGUAAAGAGGAACUGGCCGGGAGCUACCGCUACACCGCUACAGGUGCUACACCGCCUGGAGUCCAGGCUCUACCUGCGGGAAGAUCCACCCCGAAUGAUGACGUGGACUUCCUGUCUGAGGACUACGAGGCGGUGGACCACCGGCUGCAGCUUUUCCUGGAUGUGGAGGUUUUCGAGGACGAAGAAGAAGAGCUUCACUCUUUCCUCAAGAUGUCAGCUGUCAAAUUUGGGGAGCCCGGGCAGGUUCCCUCUCUGCUGGCGGUGUCAAACCAGCGCAUCUAUUUCUUGGAAAUGACAUCAGAAACCCGCAGAGGCCAGCUCUCCGAUUGGCUGCAGAAGAGGGACAGCCACCCAAUCAUGGAGCUCAGCUACCUGGAGGUGGGACUUGGCUCGCAGAGCAUCCACAUGGAGUUUGGAGACGGGGGAGUGGCCUACACCCUCCUCGUGAGGGACAGUUUACGCUGCAAACGCUUCUUUGGCCUCUUGACAGGAAUUGUGCGUGAGAUGGCUCACAAAUCCGACAGCAAGCUGAAGUCCAUCUCCACCACGAGACUCAACCCUCAGCACCACCUCUGGCCUUUAGUGUGUGAAGACAUCCAGGCAGAUGUGGAGGACGGCCAGCUGCAGUUUUUCUACAUUCUGGCUUUUGUCCUGCAAGAGAACAUCUGGACGCCGUUGACAGUCCUGGCAACCCGGGAAACCCUGUACCUGCUCAAAGAGGAUCACCAGUGGAGGAAAAGCCCAAACAGCCUGACGGAGAAUGAAAACGACGAAGCGAGCAGCGGGAGCGUCACCAUCUUAGAAACUCUGCCCAUCAGCUGCGUGAGCUCCGUCCACCUCUGGCCUUCAGAUCAGUGCAGGAUGGAUGUGAAGCUUUACGAUGAGACGGUGAAAGAGGAGAAGACGUGGUGUGUGCGCUCCGACAGCACUGAGCUCCUCCAGGGUCUGCUGGCCUGGGUCAGAGCACAGUGGGAGGCCAUGUUCGGAGUAAAACUGCACACAAGCCUGCAAGACAAAGCAGCGUAAUGUGGGCUGGGGCUGGGGGGGGGGGCUCUCCUGUGUGUGUGUUUUGUGAGCAUGGAUCUGCGCGUUGGUGCUGCGAAAUGUUUAGUGCUGCGAAAUGUUUAGUGAGCGUGAGCUGAGUUUGUCUUUAUUUUCUCUCUGUGCAGUCUGGUCCCAUUACGCUGGUUGCUUUCAUCGUCCUUUAAGCCACCAACUCGCUCUCAUUCAUGUGGUGCACGAGCCUGUAAAAGCACUGGUUGCAUAAUUCCUUAUCCUCCAGAUACCAUCCCGCUUUUUUCUACAGCUGAAAUGGAGUGUGCCUUGUUUCUCUCGCCUCUGCCAUGGUUUUUCCUGUUAAAAUGCACUUUAAUGCGUCUCGUAGUGUUCUUCAGUCUCUGUGGCAUCACGCUGAUACGGAGCAGAUUUGGGUUUUGGGAACUAAGGUUAGGUUGGGAUUUCUUUGGGAGGCUGAGCCUAAAAUAUGCCCAUCCCCCUUCAUUAAGCUGGACCUUCCUCGCCGUCUUAGGGAGCAGGAUUUUGGGACAUCAUGCGCUCAACACGAGGCUGGACGUGCUUCUGAAAGGCUAAGAUUUAAGAGGGUGUCAUCUAGGGUUACCACCUUCCCCCCCCCCCAAUUAGGGUCUCAUGAUGUGUCUCUGUUUCAUGUUAUGUGAGGGGGAAACAAUACCAGAAGUGCAGAAAUUCUUCUCAAAGAUGAACAGUAGCCGUUUAUUAUCUUUAAGACUUGGGAACAGAUGUUUUUUCUUUUUUCAUGAUUUGUAACCUGUGUGUGUGUGUGUGUGUGUGUGUGUGUGUGUAUAUUUCCCAGCUGACACGGUCGUCAUUGGAUAAGUGCGGUGGAUGUAUCGCAACUAAAUCUGUAUGUUUGGUUCAGUUUAAAAUGUCGUACAGAACCUCUGCAGCCGCAUGCGUUAUGUCUGUAACUCUGCGAUGUGUUAUCUAUGUACAUAUUAUCAUCAUGAAAAAGGAAUUUAGCACUGACAUUAACCAAUGUAACUUAAUUUAUUUCUUGUUAGCUUUUUUUUUUUUUUCAAUCUGGGUUAAUGCAAAAAUGUCUUUUUAUUUUUAUAUAAAUACCACAGCGAAAAUCAUCUGUACGAUGCGUAUAAUGGAAUAUAAAAGUAAUGUGUUUGUAUGCA